AUAAGAGACUAUAACUAUUAACACGUGGCAGAUUUGAUCAGUUAGAAUGUUGCGUAAAGCGAUUAAUAACACGAACUUCGUAUUCAGCAGGAAUAACGAUGUCGAUCCCGGUUCAUUCCAUGCGCAUGUCCAAUUAUGGGUUAAAGAUCCGAAGUCCAGAGGAAGUCAAGCUCCAGCACAGAGAGAUGGUGGAGGUGCGACUACUAGCGAAUACUCGAGAACAGAGAAUACACAAACAACACUUGUCAACAAAAGGCGAUGGAACCAAAAAUUGGCCAGGUGUUAAACCACUACCGGUCGAAUGUUUCUCGCCAUCUGGGAUGAGUUUCUUUAACAAUAACAAACUGGUAAGAGAUGCUCUGUUCAGUAAAUCGGUUUAUGAAGAAGCUGAAAUUGUCAGGAAGUCAGCGUCGACAUAUGACCGCAUGUUUCAUGUUCAGCAAGAUUAUAACAGUAAACUUCACAGAGACGACCGACAGCAUACUGUGGGGCUUAACGUACAUGCCGAGGAGACGGUGAAGGCUGUCCCUGUGCUCAGCUCGUCUGCUUAUGGGCACAGACACGAUCGUCAUCUGGAGAUGCCAGGCAGGCAACACGUUCGCAUUGAGAGGGUACUCAAAGGGUUCUAUCGCACACGAGGCAACGACCUACUUGAGCAUGCCGGCGAUAAACUCUAA